UCAGGAAUAUUUACUCAACAGUAUUCCAGGUGAUGCUCACUCUUUUACUGUUACUAUUCUGCAGCCUCAGGCAUACUUUACAGACAUGCUCUUGGGAGACUUGCAAUAAAUGGACUGAAGAGGAUGGCGUCAUAAAUGUGCACAUUGUGCCUCAUACGCAUGACGAUCUUGGAUGGAUCAAAACUGUUGAUCAGUAUUAUUACGGAGCUAAGCCGCAGCUCGUACCAGUAGGAGUACAAUAUAUUUUCAAUACUGUCAUCGAUGAACUGCAAAAAAGCCCAGAUAGGAGGUUUUCCUUUGCUGAGACUGGCUUUCUGUGGCGAUGGUACAAUGAUCAUGGAGACUUUGAGAAGCACAAGCUUCAAAAGCUUGUCAAAACGGGACAAGUAGAGAUGAUUGGCGGUGGAUGGGUUCAAAACGAUGAAGCUGCAAGCCAUUAUGUUGAUAUCGUGGAUCAAAUGACACUUGGACUGAAGAAGCUCGACCUGCUUUUUGGCGAAUGUGGGCGGCCAAAAGUUGCAUGGCAAAUAGAUCCAUUUGGACAUAGUAGAGAGCAAGCAAACUUAUUUGCAAUGAUGGGUUUUACUUCAUUGUUCUUUGCUCGUAUCCACUAUCUUGAAAAAGAAGCUCGAUUGAAGAACAAGAGUUUGGAGUUUGUCUGGAACGCUUCUGAUGAUUUGAAGACUCAGAUUCUUACUGGAGCAUUUUACCAAGACAAUUAUGGACCACCGGAAGGUUUCUGCUUCGAUGCCUUGUGCGGUGACGAUCCUAUUAUGGACAACCCGGAUAUGGAGGGGUAUAAUCUCGAAAAGAAAAUCAGUCUAUUUGUUGAAAGUGUGAGAAAGCAGGCAUCGUUCCUACGCUCCUCACAUGUAAUGCUUUUGAUGGGAAGUGAUUUUCAAUGGACAAAUGCAAACACAUGGUUCACAAACCUUGACAAACUUAUACGAUACGUCAACGGAAACGCAACACACCAAAUAAAAGUUUUCUACUCAACGCCAUCCUGUUAUGUAAAAGCAAUCACGGAUGCGUCAACACACUUGCCCACAAAAGAAGAUGACUUUUUCCCAUAUGCGUCUUCGAACGUUUCUUAUUGGACUGGCUAUUUCACUAGUCGACCAACUUUCAAAGGAAUGAUCAGAGAAGCCAGUUCUCUUCUUCAGCUUUGCAAGCAGCUUGAUGCAGUUGCUGAUCUUGGUCCCGAAGACGACGCUGAUGUUGAAAUUAUGGCCAAGGCUUCAGCUCUUGUUCAACAUCAUGAUGCCGUCACUGGAACUGCAAAGGAAAAUGUAACCAGAGACUAUGAAAGACGUCUAGCUCAAGCAAUGAAAGAAGGAGAGGUGGUGAUCAACGAUUAUUUGAAGAAAAUCUAUCCAAGGGGAUCGGACAAAGCUCCCAGACAUCAUCUGUGCCCACUCAUCAAUGAAACAAUCUGCAAUGCAAUAAAGGAUGAAUCCACAUUUGCUGUGACCGUAUUCAACAGCAACUCGCGCAGCUUCUCUGGCUUGGUCACUAUCCCGUACAAUAGCAAGCAAGCGAUGGUAAUGGGACCAAAAGGUGAACGAGUACCCGUACAGCUGAUGAAAACAUUCCAAGUGGACUCGUUGGACACCAAUGUUCGCGCACCGUAUGAGCUAGUCAUACCAGUAGAAGUCGGUCCUUUAGGAUAUGCUACCUACAUAGUGGAUAACUCAACUUCAACGCGCAGUACCACUCCCCAGCCGUCUACACUGAUGCCGCCUAAGCAACCAGUUUCCAUACAGAAUGAUGAAGUUAUCCUAGCAUUUGACGAAAAUGGUUUGGUAUCCACACUCACUGUAAAAGCUACAAAUGAAUCUCAUAAACUUCAACAGGCUUUCUUCUACUAUCCUGGAGUCAUGAAUGGAACGCAGCCUUCGGGAGCUUACGUAUUCCGACCUGAUGGGCAACCUAUAGGCUUUGAGAAGGCAGAACUUGAAGUUGUUACGGGCCCCUUCGUCAAAGAAGUUCGUCAGACUUUUAACUCAUGGUUAGCUCAAACGAUUCGCCUCAAGAAAGGCGCUAAGCACAUCGAAUUCGACUGGAUUGUAGGUCCCAUUCCUAAGGAGCAGAAAAAUCCCAUUACAAAGGAGUUGGUGACAAGGUACAGCACUGAUAUCAAAAAUGGUGCCAUUUUCUAUACGGAUUCCAAUGGACGGCAAAUGAUGCGUAGACAGAGAAAGUUCAAUCCGUCAUACAAAUAUGCCGAUACCGAGCCAGUGUCUGGGAACUACUAUCCAGUAACGAACCGUUUGUAUAUAAAGGACGAGAACGAGCAACUGACUAUACUCACAGAUCGCUCCCAAGGCGCCACUUCACUUGACGGCACAUUGGAAGUCAUGCUCCAUCGACGAUGCUUUGCUGAUGACCACUGGGGAGUGGAAGAGGCACUUGAUGAGCCCGGCGACGGCAAUGGAUUGGUCGUUCGUGGAACUCACUACGUACUUUAUGGUGAAACAAAAACAGCUGCAGCGAUCCACCGUCCCCUUGCCGUGGACAUCUUCCAUCGUCCUGUGCUCACUUUUGCCACCGUACAAAAUGCUAGCACCUUUGCCCAAAGCUAUAAAAUGGAGUUCUCAGCGAUGACUCGAUCGUUGCCGGAAUUCGCACACGUGAUGACAUUGGAGAGAUGGCACAGAAUGAGCCUACUAUUACGUAUUGAACAUAUCUUCCAAAGUCAGGAAGAUGCUGAGAAUAGCAGACCAAUGACCAUUGAUUUACAGGACCUAUUCAGCCAAUUCAAGAUCACCAAAAUGACAGAACUUAUGCUGGCAGGAAAUCGAAAUAUCACUAACUAUACUAGGGAUAGACCCACAAGAUAUAGCGGAGAUUUCCGAAUUGUUCUGAAGCCAAUGGAGAUUCGCACUUUCCAGCUUCAUGUUCAGUGGUUAUAAGGAGCAACUCAAUAUCUCAACCGUUCGGGCCCUUAUUUUUUCUCAAUAAAUAUGUGUCGUG